AUGAUUCUAUCAACAACACCAACAAGGCCAACAACUCUCACCAUCAACACCAAUACUAGUGAGCAUCGACGCCAUAUCCUCCAAAUCUUGACACAAUGCACUUCAAUUUCUCAGCUCAAACAAGUACACGCUUAUACUCUUCGAACAACCCCAUUAGACCACCCAGAUGCCCUUUUCCUCUACAGCAGAAUUCUCCAUUUUGCUGCCAUGAAUGAUCUUGAUUAUAGUUUUAAACUCUUUGGUAAUUUGGAAAACCCCAAUUCCUUCAUUUGGAAUACUCUAAUUAGAGGUUGUGCUCAUAGUAAUGAUCGUAAAGGUGAAGCCUUUUUGCUUUUUCAAAGAAUGGUUAAGAGUGUUGAGCCUGAUAAACAUACUUUCCCGUUUGUGCUCAAGGGUUGUGCUUAUCUUUUUGCUCUUUCUGAAGGGAAACAAGCACAUGGGGUUGCGCUGAAACUUGGGUUUGAUUCAGAUGUGUAUGUGAAUAAUAGUUUGAUUCAUUUUUAUUCGUCUUGUGGGUGUUUGAAGGAUGCGAGGAAGGUGUUUGAUGAAAUGCCUGAGAGAAGUUUGGUUUCUUGGAAUGUUAUGAUUGAUGCUCUGGUUCAAUCGGGUGAGUUUGAAAAUGCGUUGAGAAUGUUUUCGGAGAUGCAGAAGGUGUUUGAGCCUGAUGGGUAUACGAUGCAGAGUGUUCUUGAUGCUUGUGCUGGUUUGGGUGCGUUAUCGUUGGGGAUGUGGGCUCAUGCUUAUAUUUUGAGGAGGUACGAGAGUUUCUUGGAUUUUGAUUUGCUGGUGAAUAAUUGUUUACUGAAUAUGUAUUGUAAAUGUGGUUCGGUGGAUAUAGCUGUUCAGGUUUUCGAGAGGAUGAAUAGACGUGAUUUGAAUUCUUGGAAUACGAUGAUAUUAGGAUUUGCAAUGCACGGGGAGGUUGAGGCAGCAUUUCGUUGUUUUAACCAAAUGGUUAGUAAAAGAGUAAUGCCUGACUCGAUCACAUUCGUUGGUAUUUUGAGUGCUUGUAAUCAUAGGGGCUUGGUUGAUGAGGGUCAUAGCUAUUUUGAUAAAAUGGUUUCCGAGUAUAAGAUUAGGCCUGUUUUAGAGCACUAUGGUUGUCUUGUUGACCUUUUGGCACGUGCGGGGUGUAUUGACAAAGCUCUUGAUGUUGUAUCAAACAUGCCAAUGACACCUGAUGCAGCAAUAUGGAGGAGUCUUCUUGAUGGUUGCUGCAAGAAAAAUGCUGACAUAGAGUUCAGUGAAGAAGUGGCUAGGAAAAUAAUGGAGUCUGAAGGAAGUGACACUAGCGGUGUUUAUGUUCUUCUGUCAAGAGUAUAUGCAACUGCUAACCGAUGGGACGAGGCUGGAAUGAUUAGGAAAUUGAUGACCGAUAAGGGUAUUAGAAAAGAUCCGGGUUGUAGUUUAAUUGAAAUUAAUGGUGUUUUCCAUGAGUUUUUCGCUGGAGAUACUUCUCAUUUGCAUACUAGAGAAAUUUACGAGUUUUUGGAUGUUAUAGAAAAAAGACUCAAAGCAGCAGGGUAUGUUCCUGACCUGUCACACGCAUCAACGGUUGAUGAACUUGAUAAUGGAAAGAGACAGUCACUUAAACUGCACAGUGAGAGACUUGCCAUUGCUUAUGGACUUCUGAAACUAAAACCAGGUACUCCUUUACGCAUUUUCAAGAAUUUGCGUAUAUGCAGUGACUGUCACAAUGUAACCAAAUUAAUUUCAGAAGUCUUUAAUGUUGAAAUUAUUGUUAGAGAUCGUGUUCGGUUUCAUCACUUUAGGAAUGGGUCCUGUACCUGCAAAGAUUAUUGGUGAAAAUAAUGUAUACUAACAUUUAUAAAUCCAAUUGUCAGUUCAUAUGCUUC